AUGAAUAUUUUAAAUUAUUUAAUAGUUUCAAUUUUUUUUGUAAUUUUACUGUGCAGUGGUGUAAAUAGUUAUGGUGAGGGUGAUGCAGAUGGACAUCCAACUUAUUCAGAACGUUCAAGUUUAGUGACAAUAAAUAUUGCUCGUAAUAAUCCAUAUGCAUUUUCCCAUAGUUUUAUGCCUUUAUUUACUAUAAAUAAUAAAGUUCCACAGAUUUAUUUAUACAACUCUACUGCUGCACCCAAAAAACCAGUAUAUUACCACAGUGGUCUCAAUGCUUUAUCAAAUAAAUUGAUUGAUGAUAUCGUGUUUACAGCAAAUUGUAACUAUACUGGUUUACAAUUUUGUAAUGGUACCAAGUUUUCUCAAUACUUCCCAGUCUGGUUUGGAGAAAAUUUUCCCAAUCUCGACUCUAUUGGUCUUUUAGAUUCAUUCAAGAAUACAGAGCGAGGAUAUGGAGCCUUAAUGAAUCUUAUAUGCGAAGGAGAAAGUCCCAAUUGCAAUUAUGAUACAGGUAGAGAAAACCAACCCAGACUUAUGUUAAAUCGAUACCACAAUAAUUUUGGUUCCGCCUCAAGAGUUGUUAAUGGUAUAACAUACUUUUUAUGUUUUUCAGCCGAGUCAAGGUAUUCAUUAGAAAACCCAAUCCCAUCAGCAUCCCACUUUUGGUUGAAUGGAGAAUUACAUUUCUAUUUAACAUACCGCCAACCACCAGUCAUCCCAUCCAGUGUUUUAGUACUUUUCAAAGGAAAAAAAAGAGAAAUGGAACAAUAUAUCACACCCUCUUCCUCACCAGUCUAUAAAAACCAGCCAUAUAGUACCUUUAAAUAUGUAAUAGAUUCUAAUUUUUCAGAUGAUGAAUGCUUAACCUAUACAUUUUUAGUUAAUGCUUUCAAUAUAUCAAACGGUGUUAGAUAUGACUAUACCUAUAAAUACCCAGACACUGGUUAUCUAACUGUAUCUAAUGAUAACUCAUCAUGUGGUGCAUGGACUCUCACUGAAAAUGAUCCAUUCGAAUCAUCAUCCUCAACCGAGAUAUCAUCAUCCUCAACCGAGAUAUCAUCGUCUUCAAUUUUAUCAUCUUUGUCAGUUUUAUUAUUACUAUUCAUUUCAAUUGUAGUUUCAAUAAUUUUUAAUUAA